AUGCAAACGACUGCAUUUGCCAAUAUCGCAGAAAUUAGCAAUUUUGGAAAUGAAGAAGAAAUACUUUUUUCUAUGAACACUGUUUUUCAAGUUGGUUCUAUCAAUCAAGCAGAAAACCGCGAAAAAAUAUGGGAAGUAAGGCUUAUUCUGACCGAUGAUAAUGAUCCACAACUGAUCAAUCUUACAAAGAGAAUGCGAGAGGAAACUAAAGGUCCAAAUGGAUGGUUUAGAAUGGCCCAAUUAAUGACUACGUUAUGUGACUUUAGUCAAGCAGAGCAACUAUAUAAUGAACUACUCAAGGAUAUAUCCAGCGACAGUGGUCGAGCACAUAUACACCAUCAGCUUGGACACUUGAAAGAUGAACAAGGCGAAUAUCAAAAAGCAGUGCAAUAUUAUGAGAAAUCCCUUGAAAUUAAGCAAAAAACUCUUCCAGAUGAUCAUAUCUCAUUAGCCACUACAUAUCAUCAACUUGGUCUCGCCUAUCAGAACAUGGGUGACCAUUCAAAAGCACUUAAGUAUUAUGAAAAAUCACUUGAAAUCAACGAGAAAACUCGGUCUUCAAAUGAUCCUAGUUUGGCUGCCUCCUAUAACAACGUCGGUUUAUUGUAUAAAAAUAUGAGUGACUACUCAACAGCACUUAUAUAUUACGAAAAAGCGCUUCAAAUCUACCAAAAAGCACUGCCUUCAAAUCAUCCUUUGCUGGGUACUUCCUACAACAACAUCGGUUUGGUGUAUAGCAAUAUAAGUGACUAUACAAAAGCACUUGAAUAUUACGAAAAAGCGCAGAAAAUCUACAAGCAAUCUCUGCCUUCAAAUCAUCCCGUACUGGCCACUUCGUAUAGCAACAUUGGUUCGACACAUAAACAUUUGGGUGACUACUCGAAGACACUUCAAUAUUAUAAUAAAUCACUGAAAAUCUACGAAAAGUCUUUACAUCCGAAUCACCCGUCGUUGGCCACUUCGUACAACAACAUCGGUGCAGUGUAUGACAGCAUGGGAGACUACUCGAAAGCACUUGAAUAUUACGAAAAAGUACUUGAAAUCGAUAAGAAAACUUUACCUCCGAAUCAUCCCUCGUUGGCCACUUCGUACAGCAACAUCGGUUUGGUUUGUAAUAACAUGAGUGAC